UUCCUUUCACAACGUUGACCAAAAACGCAGCUAAACUCACCCUUCGGUUUAGGGUUUUGCAGUUUAUGUUUAUGCACAGAAAAAAUACCUGCAACUGAGACAACACUAAGCAGUUGCAACCAUGGUCACCUUCAGGUUUCACCAGUACCAAGUUGUGGGGAGAGCUCUUCCCACUGAAACUGAUGUGCAUCCAAAGAUCUACAGAAUGAAACUCUGGGCCACCAAUGAGGUCCGUGCCAAAUCUAAGUUCUGGUAUUUCUUGAGAAAGCUAAAGAAGGUCAAGAAAAGCAACGGGCAAAUGCUAGCCAUCAAUGAGAUUUUUGAGAAAAAUCCUACCAAGAUCAAGAACUAUGGAAUUUGGCUGCGAUAUCAGAGCCGAACCGGUUAUCACAACAUGUACAAGGAAUACCGAGAUACUACUCUGAACGGUGCUGUUGAACAAAUGUACAACGAAAUGGCAUCUCGUCAUAGAGUGAGGAGUCCAUGCAUCCAGAUUAUUAAGACUGCCACCAUUCCAGCCAAACUUUGCAAAAGGGAGAGCACCAAGCAAUUCCUCAACUCCAAAAUCAAGUUCCCUUUGGUGUUCAAGAAGGUUAGGCCCCCAACUAGGAAGCUCAAAACAACGUACAAGGCAUCCAAGCCGAACCUGUUCAUGUAAUUCUCAGUCUGUCACAUUUUCUACUUUUCAUCUUGAGGCUGCUUGAUUCAUUAGAAACAUAAGAGAGCAUAGAGAAGGUAAUCACAUAGCAACAACUUCAUUUCCUGCUACCACAGAUUGCUUGUGUUCUUAUUUUUGAAUAUUUUUUCUGAGCCCUUGUUUUGCUCAUCUCCAUGAAUCUGAUCAGGAUUGGUUCAAAUCAAGUGUUUCAAUUCUAUUAUGAAUGCUGGUUUUUCAUUUCUUAUUUAAUUUUUCCCUUCUA